UCAUUUUAGUGUUCCAUAUGAAUUAAUGAAACAUUAACUGUCUCAUUUUGAUUGUCUUCCUCCAAUUAAUACUGCACGUGCACUGGCAGAAGUUAUGUAAAUGAAUGCUCCUCGUGGUAUUUUUUAAGGUCUUCUCAUGUCUGUGUGAACAUGAAAAAGACUCUGAGAUCUGAGUUCUCCGUGCACUUCAACAGACAUGAAAAGCUUCCAUCUUAGCCGCAGGGGGUUCAAAAUACUGAUUGUCCUGCUGCUGUGUAGGCAGAAAUAGCUGCCUGCUAUAGAAAGGCCUUGUGCUGGUGUGUAGUGCUGUAAGCUACGUUUUUGUGAAUUGUGCAUGUGUUUGGUGCAUGUGCUGCAGAGCCUCUUAGAUUUUUAAGCAUUUGAACUGUUUGCAGAAUUUUGUUGUAAUAACUCUGUUUGUCAAUGGACAUUAAAGCUAUUUUUUACCGGUCUUCACUAACCUUACACCUGUCUCAUUAUGCUGCCACAUCAAGAGAGAGGACACCUCACAGCAGGUUUCCUGGACUCAGAUCCGUUAAGAGAGGCUGAUGAAGAUAUAGCGUCAGAAGUCAACUUAAACAACUCCAUCAUGACUGAGGAGGAGAGAGAGGAGAUUCAGCAAGAGUUAACCAAGCUGGAGGAGGAGAUCAGCACGUUGAAGCAGGUUUUGUCGUCCAAAGAGAAGCAGCACGCGGAGCUCAAACAGAAACUCGGCAUGUCUUCUCUGAACGAUCUCAAAAACAACUUCAGUCGAGGCUGGCAUGACAUGCAGUCCUCCACAGCCUAUAAGAAGACGACAGAGACGCUGUCCACGGCAGGACAGAAAACCUCAGCAGCCUUCACCACUCUGGGCAGCGCCAUCACCAGGAAAUUCGGGGACAUGAGAAACUCUCCCAGCUUCAAGUCUUUUGAAGAGAAAGUCGAGACUACAGUUACCACCAUCAAGACAAAGGUUGGCAGUACGGGGACAGGAGGCAGCUUCGAGGACGUCCUCUCCUCUGCAGCAAACGCCACCUCUCAGGACACGCCCACUAACAAUUUGACAGACAGCUCCGAGAAACCGUGUUAAGAGCGGCAUCCACACCGCGAGGUGGGACUUAAAACCAGGAAGUGCUGUGAUGCAGCACUUUGUCACAUAUCUACUCAAAGCUCUGA